CGGAGCAUACCUCAGGCUCCGACCACUCCCAGCUGCCCGGACCUGUUCCCAAAGCAGAGAGCCAACCCAGCAACCAUGGCUGAAGGAAACGCUUACGAUGCUAAGGCCUUCGACCAGAAGAUGGAGGAAGUGAUGGGCGGCGGCGAGACCAACGAAUACUUCACCGACUGGAACGAGACCUACGAGAGUUUCGACCAGAUGAACCUCCACGAGAACCUGCUGCGCGGCAUCUACGCGUACGGUUUCGAGAAGCCGUCUGCCAUUCAGCAGAAGGGCAUUGUGCCGUUUGGCAAGGGGCUGGAUGUGAUCCAGCAGGCGCAGUCCGGUACCGGCAAGACCGCUACCUUCUGCGCAGGCAUCCUGCAGAACCUGGACUACACCCUGGUGGAGUGCCAGGCCCUGGUGCUGGCCCCCACCCGCGAGCUGGCGCAGCAGAUUGAGAAGGUGAUGCGCGCCCUGGGCGACUACCUGAACGUCAAGUGCCACGCGUGCGUGGGCGGCACCUCUGUGCGCGAGGACACCCGCAUCCUGCAGUCGGGCGUGCACGUGGUGGUGGGCACCCCGGGGCGCGUGUACGACAUGCUGCGGCGCCGCGCGCUGCGCGCCGACGCCAUCAAGAUGUUUGUGCUGGACGAGGCCGACGAGAUGCUGUCCCGCGGCUUCAAGGACCAGAUCUACGACAUCUUCCAGCUGCUGCCCCCCAAGAUCCAGGUGGGCGUCUUCUCCGCCACGCUGCCCCCUGAGGCUCUGGAGAUCACCCGCAAGUUCAUGAACAAGCCGGUGCGCAUCCUGGUCAAGCGCGACGAGCUGACCCUGGAGGGCAUCAAGCAGUUCUACGUCAACGUGGAGCGCGAGGACUGGAAGCUGGACACGCUGUGCGACCUGUACGAGACGCUGGCCAUCACCCAGUCGGUCAUCUUCGCCAACACGCGCCGCAAGGUGGACUGGCUGACCGACAAGAUGCGCGAGCGGGACCACACCGUGUCCGCCACCCACGGCGACAUGGACCAGAACACGCGCGACGUCAUCAUGCGCGAGUUCCGCUCCGGCUCCUCCCGCGUCCUCAUCACCACCGACCUGCUGGCCCGCGGCAUCGACGUGCAGCAGGUGUCGCUGGUCAUCAACUACGACCUCCCGAAUAACCCAGAAAACUACCUGCACCGCAUCGGGCGCUCGGGGCGCUUCGGCCGCAAGGGCGUGGCCAUCAACUUUGUGACCAACGACGACGAGCGCCUGCUCCAGGACAUCCAGCGCUUCUACAACACCGUCAUCGAGGAGCUGCCCUCCAACAUUGCCGACCUGAUCUGAGGCGGCAGCAGGGGCCCAGCCCCGCACCCAGCCCGUGCCGCCGCCAGAGGGGCGGCUGCCUGGCGCGCGCGGGCAGCGGCGGCGCGAGCAGGCUUGUGUGCUCCCGCGCGGUGGCCGGCUCCCCGGCCGCUGCGCGAGCGCCUCGCCCGCGAGCGCACUGUGACGUUUCUUGCAGCCACCAGCAGUGAUGUGUAUGUGUGGAUGGCCGGCUGUGGCCCGGCGGCCCACAGCCGGCGCAUCCCGGGUCGACGCUGCCCGCGGCUCUGCGCACCCGCAGCAGCGGCAGCAGAAGCAGCAGUACUUUGUUCCUCCUCCUCCUCCUUCCCUCCAGUGCCAGCGGCGGCAGCGAGCCUGGCGGCGCCGGCGCCUGGCGCAGCAGCCCCGGCCGCCUGCCUGGCCUGGUAGUGACUUCAGUUGGCGGGGCGGGGCGGGUGCCCCGCCUUUUGGGGCGGCCCACGCCGCUACCCCUUUUAGACAGCCCCCGCCGCUGCGUCUCGCGGCGCGGCGGCGCGAAAAGACAAUCAAGCAUUUGAUUUUCGGCGCCGAGCACGUGGCGGCCCUGCUCACCCCUCCCCACCUUGCCUCCUCCGUGUGCCCUGCCUGGCCCUCGUUCCCCCUGUCGAUACCAGCAGCACAUGCAAGCUAAGACAAAAAC